CACCCAAGCGAGCUGAGCCGGGUGGAGGCUGAGGGGGGUGGGGCUCCCCCCUGCCGUCCAGUGUUGCUGGAACCACCGCAGGCAAAUGCAUCCUGAAGUUGAUUCUGAGCAGUUCUGACUGGUGAGAGCUGCCAAGGACGGGUUAGAGCUGGUCCCGGUCCUGCCAUGCCCGUUCCACUGCUCCCGUUGGUGCUUCGAUCGCUGCUAUCCCGCCUGCUGCUGCCUGUUGCCCGCCUGGCCCGCCAGCACCUCCUACCCUUGCUGCGCCGGCUGGCCCGCCGACUGAGCUCCCAAGACAUGAGAGAGGCUCUGCUAAGCUGUGUGCUGUUCGUCCUCAGCCAGCAACAGCCACCGGAUUCUGGAGAGGCCUCCAGAGUGGAUCACUCCCAGAGGAAGGCGAGAUUGGGCCCCCAGAAGUGAGGCCAUAGGUCCUGGAAACAGCAAACGUCUAUCAAAGUACUCUGGGAGCGGGUUAGUCCAGGCAUCCGCACAGACUGCAGAAUGCCCAGUGGGCGAGAGCAGUCGGGACUGCGUGCUGGAGGGUUCUGACCCGAACAGCUCCCACUCCCCUAGCACCUAGCAGACUACAGAUUGUGUUGGUUAUCCUUCCUCUCUGCAGCUCCCUCCGCCUUAUCUCUGGCCUCCAGGGUGGACCUGCAAAUGGAGGUGUCGAGGUCAGUAAAGAGCUGCUGUUUAACUUAGACUCAAGACAAUUUAGCUAAGAGGCGGUAUUUAAACCCAAACUGUCCAGUCUACCUUAAAAUAAUAAUAAUAUCUUGCUUCCCUUUACUUUCAAAGCUUAGUAUGUAGCAAGUUAGUCAAUAAAUGACAGUGUGUUGUUA